UAGAGGCUGCAGACAGUUACUGGAAUAUAACUACUCUUAGAAGAAACUGGGAAAACAGGGCCCUGGAUUAGGAUGCAGAGAGACUGAAGAGUAUUCUACCCAGGACUCUAACUCUAAUUCAGUAGCUGAGAUGGAGACCCCAAUGCCGGAGUUGAAAGAGUUGGAGCCAGUGGGUGUGGGGCUCCGUGUCACCACGUCUCCCACCCAGACCACAUUCUACAUAAUCUUGGUCCUACUGGGCAUUGUGGGUAACACCACGGUGAUUGGCGUGAUGUUGGACAGCGUGUUCAAAGACCCGAGUGGAGUACGUAACUCAGACAUCAUCCUGAUGAACAUGGCCUUGUCCAACCUGCUGGUGUCUGUUCUGAGGAACGUCCUGCUGGUCAUCUCUGACCUGGGGCUGGAGCUGAACACUUCCAGAGAUGGGUGUCACGUCCUGAUGGGGGUGUGGGUGUGGCUUCGCUCAGUCAACGUGUGGUCAACACUCUUCCUCAGUGCUUUCCACUUCCAGACACUGAGGCGCGUGGCCCCUCCCCCUGGGACUGUUCACGGACCCCGCAGGCCCCCCAAGACCCUCCUGAUUAGCCUGGGCCUCAUCUGGUUCCUCAACCUGAUCUAUGCUAUACCUGCACACAUCUACUCUACCAAGGGGAACAAGAACAGCACAGAGACCCUGAUGUUGGUCAGCAGCACCACGCGCCCUCUGCUGGGCUGUGUGUGGAACUUCCCAUCCAGCUACAACGGCCUGGCAUACGCCACCACCUCCAUGGUGAUCCACGAGAUCCUGCCCAUCAUCCUGAUGGCCAUCACCAACCUGGGCUCCCUCUACACACUCUACACCCACGGCAGGACCCACAACCCAGCACACAUGACCCAGGACGCGCCCGUCAUCAAGAGGAUACCGGCUGAGAGACGGGCUGCCAAGGUGAUUCUAGCCCUGAUCGUGCUCUUCAUUGGGUCUUGGGGAACCAGCAUCAUUUCUAUAAACUACUUCAACUACAACCGAGGUCUGUCAGCCGGGUUCCUCCUGGUUAUAGCUCGCUUUGCCAACACCAUCUUCAUCGCCAUUUCGCCCAUCGUGCUGGCACUGGGUCACCGGCGGCUGCGUGCUGUCAUUAAGUAUUUUCUUACUCACUGACAGAUCCCACACCCUGAC